AUGACGUUUCUUCACGGUCUCCGCCCACCCAGAAUACAUCAAGAUCUGAAGAGCAGCAAUCUCCUGGUCAGUUUCGACUGGACGGUCCGGGUCUCGGAUUUUGGAUUGCCUCUUGCUGUACCGAGAGAAGGAAUAAAUCUACCGUCAGUUUCGCGGCGGGAACACGGCGACGAGAGGUCGACUCUGUUGAAACCAUUACCGUACAUUACUGUUCGAGUUGGUAAUCCCGCGUGGGCGGCUCCAGAAGUUUAUGGUAACAAGCCGUAUGGAUCUGCAGCUGAUGUGUAUAGUUUUGGAAUUGUACUAUGGGAGAUUGUAGCUAGAAAAUUACCAUUUGGUGACAUGAUUUUCUUGGAGGAAAUUAAGGAUGCCGUCAUAACCGGAGAGAGACUUGAAAUACCCGAGAACUGCCCUAGUGAAUUGACUGACCUGAUCAAGUCUUGUUGGCACGGCUUGCCUGCAUGUCGACCAAAGUUUGCCGAAGUGGUGAGUCGACUGGUAGGAAUGGGAGCUGAUCGUUCGAGCCAGUUUGAUCCGACUAGAGCGACAGAGCUCGACGUAGAGACGGAAACCUUUGAGAACGUCGCUAGAACAGAAUGCUGUCGCCGUAGCUUUGAAGUGGUCACAAGUAGAUAA